UUUAGGAAGUCCCAAAUAGUAAUAUGUACAUAUAUCUGUACGUGUUACUUAUCUUCGUGGGAAUAUUUGACGUGAUACCGUUAUCAUAAAGCGGAAAGUUAUCUAUUAGUUAGACAAGUCAUCUAGGAUUAAACCCAUUAUGAGCAAUUAAUCCCAUGACUGCGAUCUACGAUAUUAGUUGUCACGCCUUCAUUCAGUCAUCUUUUCCACACUUCAGUGAUAUCUUUAAAUUUUGUGCCAUAUUAUGUUGUCACAGAACGUAUUAAUAUGUACGGGGAAUAUACUGUCCUUAAACGAGCCGAAAACAAAAGCAAGCCAGAAUCCUACAGAUGAGUUAACCGAAACAUUAAAAAUUGUUCUACGAGACAAUGAAAGUAGUGGUGAGAAAAAUCUGGUAACUAUUAAAGGAAAAAAAGAUAAUACUUUGCAAGAUAUCAACAGAGAGGAAGUUAAAAUAACUGUGAAAGUUUUCAUGUCUUCACCUGAUGUGAAUUUAUUGAAAGAAACUAUAGAUCAAGUUUGCAGUUUUUUAAAUACAAAUGCAAUUGAAUCUCUGGUAAUUGCCUAUUCAGGCAAAGAAAGUUCUGAAGAUUUAUUAUCAUCAUUGAAACAAUUAUGGACUGGAAUAGAGGAGUAUGUUAAAAUUGGUAAAUUGUCAAGCGUUGGCUUAAGUGAUAUCAGUGCAAAUGAAUUUAUUGACUUAUUCCAAUGGGCAAAUGUAAAACCUAACAUUGUACAAAUUAGUUUAGCUACAUGUUGUGUUGUACCACCAGCUUUACAGACAUUCACUAAAGAAAAUGAUGUGCAGUUGUUAACACACAAUGAUCCUGGCCAAAUUCUUCCUAAGGAAGAAUUAAACAGAAUAUUCGAUACCAAUGUUAGUUUACAUUGGGUUGCAAGAUAUCAAAUUCAUGUUAAGUGUCGUGGCAUUUUAUCUUCAAAAGGAUAUUUAGUGUAUAUAAACAAAACAACAACAUAA